UCCUGUGAGUUGUGUUUUUUCUAGUUGCUAACAUCCCCAACGUCCGGAGGAGGCGACCGGGGCGCGAUGUGGCCGUGAGGGCGGCGCCGUGUCAAGUGCAAUCUACUGGCCGACAGUGGGCUCCAGGUGCGGUCAGGGGGCCGCAGUCUCGUUACAGUCCGAGCGAACACAACGCCGGUGGAGACCAUGGAAACCAAGCAGAGCCAGGUGCUGAACCUCGAACGGGUGCAGGCGCUGGACACCUGGCUGAGAACGACCAAUGCAAAGCUGACUCAAGUUAACGGCCAGAGGAAGUACGGAGGACCACCCCAGGUGUGGGAUGGUCCCGCCCCAGGAGCCCGCUGUGAGGUCUUUAUCAGCCAGAUUCCUCGGGACGCCUAUGAGGAUCUGCUGAUCCCCCUGUUCAGCUCUGUGGGGCCCCUCUGGGAGUUCCGGCUCAUGAUGAACUUUAGCGGUCAGAAUCGGGGCUUUGCCUACUGCAAAUAUGGCUCUGCGGAGGUAGCUAACGAAGCCAUCCGCCUUCUGCACGGCUACAUGAUAGAGCCCACCUUCCGCCUCAACGUCCGCCGCAGUACGGAGAAGAGACACCUCUGUAUCGGAGAGCUGCCAGCCACCACCAAGCAGGAGGACCUACUGAAGGUGCUGUGCGUACUGGCCGAUGGGGUGGAGAGAGUGUCCCUGAAGGCCGGGCCUGGUAUAGAUGGGGUGUCUGCGAUGGUGGCCUUCUCAUCCCACCACGCUGCCUCUAUGGCCAAGAAGAUGCUUGUGGAAGCAUUCAAGAAGCGGUUUUCCCUGAACGUCUCCAUUAAGUGGCAGUCCACAGUGAGGCCGAGCCCAGAUGAGCCACCGUCUCUACCCAAACGGCCCCCCAGCCUUCUGCCGGCCCCUCAAAAGCCACCGCGCCACACCCCAAGUACCCUGCCCAGUCGCAUGGCCCGCCCUCCGUCCUUCCUGCAGGCCUUCUGCAGGGCCGUGGGAGGCCCCGUGGCUCCCCAGCACUCUGCCCUUCCCAGCUCCUCCCGUUCUCCCUCCCAGGGGCGCCCGGUGUCUCCCCCGCCAUCCCCCGUGACCUUCCUGCAUGAGCUGUGCAAGGCCACCGCCGUGGGCCAGCCGCUUUAUAAGACGUACUACAGCCACGCUGGGCCCGAUGGAUUCCUCUUCUUCAAUUAUAAGGUACACUUCACCGGAGCGCCCGCCACCUUCGAGGGGCUGGUCAUGAUCUUGCCGGGGCCCUCGGUGACCAGCACACUGGAAGAAGCUCAGCGGGCUGCAGCCCAGCAGGUCCUCCAGAGGCUGUCCAAUAAUCAGCUGGCCCCCUGAGGGCCCAAUCAGAAACGCCUGCCUUUGUUCAGUCAAUGUUCCAUCUAAAGAAAGAAGUGUAAUCUUUAUGUAUUUGGUUUCAAUUCUGCAUGCUUUUAUGUAAUAUUAGUAACUAGUUUUUCCUGUUUUCUGCAUGUUUUUGAAUGUGUGUUACUGUUUGGUUCCUCAUUUUAAGAGAUUUGAAAAGAAAAUAUGAAAGUUUAAUUUUGUGGUUGCCUUGAUGUUUCCAUACCAUUUUGUAAAAUAGAUUUCUUCUUUAAAUGUGACGUGUUUUGUAUGAUUAUUUUGGAUCAAAACCUUACACUUUACAUGCAGUGGGUUUUGAAAGGUGAAUAUGUGACCCCAAAUGGAAAGGUUUAUCAGACUGAGUAUGGAAUGAGGAAUAUCACAAAAAUUAGUUUACGAUGCCAUUUCAAAUGUCCAAAUAUGUAAAGGAAAAAAUCAUGAAAUCCAAUCCCCAAAAGUAUUAUAGGAUAUCAAAAUCAAAUCAAUUUCUCCAAAGUAUAAAAACAGUCAUACUAUAUUUCAUGAAACAAGUUGCCAUUAUUUACAAAAACAGGAAAAUCCUAGUUUCAUAGUAUACUAAAAAAUGUCAUGAGUACAACGUAUCACGAAUGCUUUAAAAGUCAUGGAAUCAUAAUAUUUAGCGAAACAUGCAUGUGGAUGAAUUCAUACUAUGUUUAUUUUCAAUACUCUGCCUCUUAUUCUAAACGUAUGCAUGGGUACACGUGCCUCAGCGCUGUGGAAGGAAAACCACGUG